AGGUUAUUGAUCCUGGAAUUGAAACUGAAUAUGAAGCAGUAGAAGAGAUUUGUUAUUGUAAUGGCUUAAAGGGCAGGUGAGGAGCUUAUGAUUAUUCUUUACCUUGGAAUUACACCAUUUUACCAUGAAAAAUCUAAAUGUUCAAUGCUGAUGGCUAGAUGUAUAUUUUGACUUGAAAUACAUUAUAUUAAUUAAUAAUGGUAAUUGGAUGGGGUGGAGUUCAAUUCAGGCUAUAAUCACAUGAGUGAUUAACAAAAUCGGACAAAUGCGAAGCAGAAGUCUGUCCCAGUGAUAAGUUAAUCAUAAGUAUGUUUAAUAAUGGUAACAGGAAUAAGUGGAGUCCAAUUUGGUCUGUAAUUGUGUGAGUCAUUAACAAAAUCGGACAACUACAAAGUGGGAAUUUGAUUUGUUAAUCACAAGUGUGAUUACAGACAGAAUUGGAAAUCACAAAGUCCUGUUGCCAAUUAAUCAAAACUAUGACAAAAUUUUAGACAGAAACUAGAUGUCAGUUAUACAUUUUCAUAAAGAAAAACAAUGGUUAACUUAGCGAAAUGCUAGACAACAGUGCUUGCACAUGACAAGUUGUGUCCACUUUCACAGGCAUGACAUGUUAACUGUCCCUUUAACUGUCCUAUUACACUGUCCAAUUUCAAGCAUGAAGCAUACACUGUCCUAUUAGUUUUCAAAUCGGGCUGGUGAUGGCCAAUCAUGUCCAGUUAUUUUGUUAUGGUUUUGAUUAUGUAUAUAAUACUGCUGUGUUAGCAGUGUGCCUUUGUUACUCCUUGCUGAUAAACAUCCUGCUUAGAUGGAGCAAGAUGUCAAAUAUUAAAAUAUAUAUAUAUAUAUUAAAACAUGACACCAAAUCAUAUCACAAAAGAAAGAAAUGAAUAUUUAUCUGAUUAUCUACAUGUAUUUAAUGGCCAUAGUGUUCUCCUUAACAGCUCUUAGUUCACCUUAUAACCACCUAAAAUCAGAAUUGGAAUUCUUGAAAAUUCAACAGAUUAAAUGAAUGCUCUACUAGUUUAAAAAUGUAUUUUGCCCGUUUUUGCUUAAAAUAAGAAAGAGCACUGUGACCAUGUUUUUUUUUUUUUAAUCGAGGAUACAUGUCCUUAACAUGUCCUUUCUUACUCUCUUUCAGCAAUAUGGUGCAGUGUGUUUUAUGCCGACGCCUGUUUCAUUUGGGUGAGGAUUAGAGUGUAUCAGAUAUAAUUAAACUCACUGGUGUAGGUUGGUCUGCACAGGAAAAACAGGUGAAAUUGGACAGGUUGGACCUGAAACAGCAAAUUCAUCCACAAAUUAAGGUUGUUAAGAACCAGUCACAUUGAAGCAUUUUAUUCUUAACAUCACUGGAAUAAUAACUGAAUUCACUUUUCUUUUCAGAUUGCCUAAAGAAUGGAAAACCCAGCACACUUGUGGGUGAUGUGUUCUUUGAUCUCACCUGUGCAUCUUGUUCUACUGAUGGCUCAGAGAUUUGCACCAGACAACAUUUAAGCUGGUAAUCCAUUCUUCUGUUGUUGAAUAAUUAUCCAUAAUCCUGGCCCAAACCUUCCCCUUUUUUUCCACCUUACCCAAAUUUAUUAAUCCACAUUUCAGCUCCAUGAUGAAAAUUGUCCUUUUAAUUUCACUCUCACACUCCAUUUUACUAACUAAAUGCCUAAAACAGGCUAAAAUGGACAAAGCAUCUUCCUAGAGAUGAAUUUCAAUCAAGCAUCAUUGUUACCAUCCUGAGGAUAAGAAUAUUAGAGUACAUUUGUCCUUCCAAGUUACUCUAUAUUCAUUUAGCAAAGUUGUGUAUAUUUACUUCUCAAACUCAUUAAUAAUUCAUGCUGAGAAAACAAGGGAAAUUACAACCGUGAAGGAGGUUUGGAUAUGUGAUCUUAAUUAUCAUAAAAUCUGGUGAACUUUUGCUUUGAUUUUCUCCAAGAAUUAUUAAUGGUUUGAGAAGCUAUAUCAAACAUUCUGUCCGAUAUCCAAACACCUUGAAGUUGGUUAAAAAAAACUCAGCUGGGCCUCGUUUUCUCAACCACUUCUUGGUGUUUGGAUAUCGGAUGAAACACUCUUCCUCGUGUUUGAUAUAUUACAUGUAAGUUUGUUCAAACCGAUUUAAGUGUGACUAGAGGAAAUCUUGGUCUAACUACACUGUACCUCCAUGACACAUAUCAUGUGGUUUUGUGUUUAGCUAUCCAAGGAUCAAAUCAAAUUACACUAAAUUAGGAUUCAAAGUGUUCAGGUCUGGUUAGGGAUGAGUUUUGUUCUUGUCUUAGAAUAAGAUUUUUGGUGCCAUGACUUGUGAAUUACCUUUCGCCAUCUCUUUGAUGAAAAGGCUGCAAGCUGUGUACUUGACGUUGUACAAUCUGUACUCUACAAGUAGAGGAAGAAAAGGUUACUUUAGAUGGAGAGAAGACAUCUGCCACUUCAUUGACAAACACUGGCAGCUUUUGUUCCCCAACAAGUGAGUCACAACCUUUGUACAGUCUGUACAUCAUCAUUAGACAGUGUUCUCCCUUAUUUUAAGCACAACAGGUAAAAUGAAUUUUUCAUACUGGUAUCGUAAGAACACUCCUUUUACCUGUUGAAUUUUGAAGAAUUUAAAGUGUUUUUAGGUGGUUAUGAGAGGUACUACAGGCAAAUUGAAUUUAAGAAGUUACUGCCUGAAAGGGAGAACACUGAUGACAUGUAUAGUCCAAUCACUUUUUUGGAAAGAAUCCCCCUUCCAUCCCAAAGGGGUUUGGUUUCAACUUUCCCUUCCUCCCCCCCUUAAAAAUUAACCCACGCCAGUGUUGCAAAAGUCUUGGUAAGUUAACCCUUUGAUCCCUAAGAGUGACUAGCAUCUAAUUUCUCCUGACAAUAUAACCCCUCAAUCACAAAUUUAAGUUACAGGAAUAAAGGAAAUGAUCACAACCAAAAGAUGCUCUUGAUUGUUAAACAACUUCUCCUUUUCAGCACCUUAUGAAAUGCAUAGAGAACAGUUUGGAGAAUAAGUGCACUGAUGCUAGGGUGUGAAGGGUUAACAUGCCUCCACCCACCUUCUUAGAUCUUAAACUAGGAUGGGUGUGGAAUGCAUGUAGUAGUGUGGAUUAUUGCACAUAAACCAGUCUUUUUCAUAUCCUGAUACGAUUGCUGUUAGGUCUAGCAAAAAAAACAAACAAACAAACAAACAACAACUUUUUGGAAUCAGCUCCAAGGGAGAGAUAGGCCCCUGUUUAAGCUCUUACAGUCUUGACACCAGUCUGGGUCUUAGGUGUAGUGACUACUGUAAGUUGGAAGGUUCGAGAGUAACAAAUCUUUUCCUUGUCAGAAAAAAGAAGAACACUUGGAAUAGCACAGUUGCUGGCAUUUUGUCUUCAGGAUGCCCUGAGUAUUUCAAGUCAGGACAGAAGGAGUUUAACAAGGAAACUGGAUGGUGGGGAUUACAAGAGAACAUUGCUCCAUCAGUUAAAUUGACUGGGACAGGUGUGGAUCAGGUUUUUUUAUCAUACUUGGGGUUUUUAGUAGCUUUUUCCAUCAGAAUCUGCUGAUGGUUUGAUAGGUGGCUGUGUUGUAAGGCAAAGUCUACAUGGUAAACAAUUUGAGAGCCUGCUUGCAAAAUAAUGUGAACAGUAGUUUAAGUUUUGAUGUCUGAUGAUUAGAUUUCUUAACAUUUCUCACAGUUAACAUUGACUCGUGUUUUAAGUUGAAAUGAAUUUGAAAGCAUUAACUUUUAUCUAAUUAAAAUUCAAAGUAAAAGAUGUGCUUGUGUGUUUAAAUGUGCUGGUGUCAAAUUCAUUUGCCCUUGCAUUGCAUUUAAAUUGAGUAGUCUUAAUGCUUCUAUUCCUCAUAACUUUUAGAUAAAUGAGAUUUUAAAUGUAUAUUUGAUAAUUGUAGCUGGUUGAUAAUUUGUCAUAGGGAGUGGUAGUUCACGCAAAAGAAGAGGACGUGCUGGUGUUGCCACAGGGUUUGGUGCAAAGAACAGGGAAUCUCAGUCAGCUGAUGAAAAGUCCCCAAGGAUUCCGGUACAGCCUUUGUGUGCUGACGAAAAUGUCAUAGAGGUAUGUAGAGUGAAGCAGAUCAGUUCAAUCAAGAAGAUGAUUUUCCUUAUGAAACUGAAUAACUGCUGUAUGGUGAACUGCUACUGAUGAUGUAUACUUUAACACUUCACACCAUAACAUCAGUAUCCAUCUUCUCCUUACUCUUCUCCAUACAUUUCUUUUGGCACUGAUGAGGAGAAUUCGUUUAAUGAUCAAAGCUUCUUUGAUUGGUCAUCAUUACCUUUAUUCUCGUGAUUUUAAUAAAUGAUUCAGUAUUAUUACUGUCAGGAGAAACUAGAUGCUGGUCACUCAUAGAGUUUAAAGGAUUAGUAGGAUAUUUUUGUUAUUUAUUUUGGUUAUCAGUGCAUCAGUGCCUGAAACACCCGUCCCCCUGUGAGGAAUAGUUGUCCUGGUUUGAUGAGUGGUUGUGUUAUCUUUGAGGGAGACAGUCAUUCACAAUUCAUUCUUUUAGCUUUCAGUUUCUGAGCAUAAAAGUCCAUGUGAUGAUCUUAUGUCCCAGUUAUUAUCGGAGGAGGAUAUGCGGGAACUUGCAGAACCUACACCAGGUGUGUUAAUCAUAAAGGGGGUAAGUUUCUAAAGAAACUGUGGUGCUACGUCGUUGGUAGAGUAUAUUAGGGUAAUUUAGUAUUAUCAACUGAGUUGAUAACGUAAAUUAGCCACCGUAAAGAGUUUUAACGCUGAUGUUUCGAGCGUUGGCCCUUCUUCAUUGCGAAAGGCUGACGCUCUGACGAAGGAACUCUUUACGGUGGCCAAUUUACGUUAUGAACUCAUUUGAUAAUACCAAAUUACUGUGUUAACCAUUAUGAUAGUUUCACAACUUAAAACAACCAGACUGGACCAGGUAUACCAUGGUCAUUGUCAAAGAAAAACUCGAUAAACUCUAUAAAAAAAUAGGUGAAUCACAUAUAUAACUAGUAAAAAUAUAUCACCUUUCUGGAAGUCUUUUUGUCGUUCAGUUUGUAAGAGCUAAUGAGAACUCAAAGUGAAGACAAUUAAAGCUGCCUAAAAAGCGGGAAAACGGGGACGAACAAGUCGUGAUUGGUUGCAUGUAGUUGUGUAUCUGAUUGGUAGAGAGAGUGACGUAAGUUUUCUGGACCAAUCACAGAGCAAGGUUAAGCAAAACCAAAGCAAUACCGGAUUACUUUCGACUCUCAAUUGAAAAUUGUUCCAUCGUAACGAUUUAGUUCUAACUUUCUUGUGUUGCCUUUUAGAGAUGGACGCGUUCACAAGUUUGUUCACGGCUGGUUACGAAGACAUGGACGACACUUCUUCACUUUUCACUGGUGAAGAGGAAAAAUCAGGUUUGCAUGUCUUCCUAUUUUAAUAUAUCAACUGAAAGUUGCUUCAGCUACUUUUGGAGUGUUAAAAAAACAAACAAACGUUUAUUAUCCUUCUGCUCAAGUUAACUUCAAUUGGCAAAAAUAUUACAACGAGUGGCAAAAGCCUUGGCAAGCUACACUACGUUUUGAAUUCUCAUUUAUCUUCAACUCUCUCCCAUUUCAAUGAUGCAUGGUGUUGACAAAAUGAUCACUAGUUUCUUGCAACAUUGUUUGGGGGAAAGGGGACUUUCAAGUAACUUACAAGAUUUCUGUUUACUAUGUCGAAUGGAGGGUUGCCGACCACUUACCAAAGGGAGGCGCGCCAACUGCUUUUGCCACUCAUCGUAGUCCAACCAUUAGUAUUAAUUAGUGUAGGUAUUAUCAAAGAGAUUGAUAAAAUAAUCGAGCUUGAUCACCACAGCCAAUCACAACAAAGCUCCACACCACGAAGAGCCAAUAAGAGCUCAUCACAAGUUUGAGUGCGGGAAAACGCGCACAACCAAGUAGCAGCUAAUUCCAAUUUUUUAACUGAUGUAUGCAGUGUGGUGCGAGAUUUUUAGCGCCAAUUACAAAGUUCUGUUGAGAAAAUCAAUGCAUUCAUGACUGAAUUGAAAGCUGCUUUAUUUGUUUUCCUUGCUCAGAAUUAGACUUCCUUGGUGAGAGAACUGACAGGCAGGAGGAUACGGAAUCUUUGUCGUCAACUGCUACUUCAGAGACGUCAUGUAAGCACCCGCAAUCUGACUCGGUUCAGAGUGAGACCAAAGGCAAACCUGUUGCAAACAACCUUACAAGUCUUCCUCAGACAAUUGAUAGUCUGGUUCCCGUGUCGGAAGAGAGAGAAAAGGAAUUGCUGCUCAAGAUCAACUCUUAUCCCAAAGUAGUUUAUCAUGAUCCCGUGGCGAGGAGAUUUAGACGAAAAUUAAUAUUGAGACAGGUGCGUUUGUUUCAGUAUCCACUUUAAAAAAGCUGGAAAGAGAGGCUACAGGAGGCGUAUCGAGAUAUCUCACGAAUAACGUUAUGCAAUUAUGUUUUUAACAAGCAUCAAUGUAAGGCAUAUGGUUAGACGUUGUAUUCUUCUCAGAUAAGGAUUAUAAAACGUGGGCACCGUUUCCUGCAUCCUCUCCGUACUGGUUAGCAGGGAACGUUUAAGAAUUCGCGCUCAUCUCGCAGACAGUAGGGAAUGUAGCUCCUGAUGCUGUAGCUGGACCUCGUUUCUAAAAAAUUCCUAAAUUGGGGCACUUGCGAAAUGUUUUACUGAAACGUAAAACUUCUCAAUUCAGUCUAGCCAAAGUCUCCCACAAAGUGUCGUAAGCCACGUUAUAUCAUGGAAAAUUCACUAUACAAGUGCAUCUUUAUCAUUUUCAGCGUUUCUUAUAUUUCUCAUGUUUAAGUAUUUUUUUCGAUUAGUGUUUGAAUGUCUUUUAUACCAUUAUUCUUUUUGGCCUCACGCAGAUUAAAAGAUCCAAGGGUUUGAAAUUAUUCGAUCUGGACAAGACAGUUUCAGAUGCUGUGACGUCAACCUUAAGAUAUCAGUUAAACAGUGAUGGUUUUGUCCCGAUUGAGGUAAAAAUUGAAAGCUUUUAUUAACAGAUCCUCUAAAACCUGUUCUCCAGCUGUUAGUUGUAACUGAACAGAACGCCUGACUUACAGUUAACAGAGUAUUCUUUUUCUUUUUCUUUGACUUGCAGAAUCGCGACAUUGUGCCAUCAGUUACUGAAGAUAACUCGCAAAGAAAGCUUUACAAACAGGUUGUGAAACAAUUUCAUUUUUUAAAGUGACAUUUACGUUGAAAAUGGUGUUCUUGUCUUUAUCAUAGACAUACAAACUUACUAGAACUCAUUAUUUGCUUUGAAAUUUUUCCCUUGCAGAGAAUUCUGAAGAAGUCUAAUUCUUCUUCCUUUGGCACGACGGAAAAUGUCCUUGAUAGAUUUUUGGUAAGAAAUAUCUUACAAUACAUAUUUUAGUUUUUUGUUUUCGCUGAUAUUCUGAGAAUAACCUCGUCUGACCAUAUAUUUAUGUUGAGCUGAAUUAUACUCGUAUUGUGAAUAGUUCUUACUUAUGAUCUAUUGGAGAACGGACGCAUAGAUGAUGUUUGCUUUUUAAUCAUAAAAAUUACAAUUUUCUUGAUUGUGAUUGGUUUAAAAAACCCCUAUUUCCCACUAAUUCACUUGCCAAGUUGUUAUCGGACAGUUUGUUAUCGAACAGUUCGGUAAGCCAGUCACAUUUAAAGUUUUAAAGAAGCUCUUGAUUGUCAAUCAAAUUCUCCUUAUCAGCACCCUAGGAAAUGUAUAGAAAACAGUAUGGAGAAGAUGUAUUCUGACGUUAGGGUGUAAAGGGUUAAAGGAAAAUAGAUGAGCAUGUUUUUAUUUUGAUCAACUUUAGCAAUUCAUGUUAUGUUACAUUUGCAGGCGGCUCCUCGCAUGCUUCCCGGCUCUCGUCCCAGGACUUGCUCGUUCUUAACACGGCUGAUUGGCGGUGAUUCUCAAACACUUUACAGACCUAUUACCAGUCCUUACACGUCCAGAAUACUUAAGCCGUUCAUCAGACGGGACUAUGAGAGCCGGCCGUUGAAAUUGAAACUGCUGCAAGAAAUAAUCGCUUAUAGCCAUAGGUGAGUGUUCAACCUACAGAUUUUGAUGGAAAGAUAAGAUGGCAUUUGGCGUUUUCGAAUAGAUAGUGCCGUAGAAUGUAGGGUGCUUUUUUAUUCAGGUGGCUUGAAAACCAGAUUCGAAUUUAGAGUGCUUUCAACAGGGUGUCGGAAACAAAUCAGAAACAAAAUAAUCCUAACAGUUGGUCAGGAGGAGAUAAAAAAAUGGCCAGGAACCAUCAAUUUGGCGACUUUUGUGGGAAUGACGGCUUAAGUCUUUCUCUGGGAAUCAUAGGAUCAUUGGCUUCUAAUACAAUCACAGUAUAUUUUAAUCAUAUUCUGGGACAGCACUGUAUUUCCUCGAAUAAGCGCCUCCCCUCGAAUAAACACCCACCUCCUAGGCCGUAAUAUCAAACAAGUGCCCCCCCCUCCGAUAGGUGCCCCCCUUCCUCCUUCACUUUCUUAAAUAACAGGAAUACAAGGAAAGCCUGUUUCUGUUAACUCUUUAUUUAUAAAUGUUUAGGCUUCAACUGCAACGAAAUCAUUACAGGUUAAUAGCUUAUUCGUGGAAAUACGAUAUUUCCACGAAUCCACCAUAGUGUCACUUUGAUUAAUCUACCGAGUAAAGUAAGAACUUUAGAGGGAGUUCUUCCCUUUAUACUCUGUAACGACUCUAACAGUGUGUCUAUUCGUUCAGGAAUGAUCCUGGGUGGAAGCCAACACAAGUUUCUCCCAUUGAUUACUGCUAUGUACAGCCACACCAUAUUCCAUCUGUGAAUGCAAUGUGUCGGGAAUUUUUCUGGCCAGGAAUUGAUUGUGAGUUGUUCUCUGUUUAAAUCCGUUUUGUGUUGCAUGCUGUUUCAAACCAAACUGACAUUCUUGAAUGUUGUUUUUACUGGUUAUAAGCAGCUUCGGACUUUUUGCAAGGGCAUGUAAUACAAUGUUGAGUGACAAUUCAAAUGAUAGUUAUAAAAUAGGAUUUCCAUAUAGUACUGGUGGUGUCAGUUGAAUCUUCUCGAGAAGUUUAACGUAUGUGUAUGAUACUACACUGUAACUCUUGAGUUGAAAUUUAUUGUGCACGUAUUCUUGUGUUCCUGAUAAUUAUGGUUUACAUAUCUCGUACUUACGGAGUGCGAGGUCCGUACUUUAAGUUACGGACCGAGUUCUUCGCGCGAAACAUAAAUCUGACUGGAAAAACGAGGUCAGGUGUUAACUUACAGUACGGACCGAGAAAACGAGGCUAGUAAGAUAUUUAUUUUAUCUCCGGAUUCACAUAGAGGGGGAAUAUUUCAAUUGAAACAAACUUUUGAAUUUAGCGGGGCGUGCAGUUAUAUACGACCCACUUAACUGGCCAAUCAUAGCGCACUUUCAAACUGAGAGAUUUGAUAAAAGGCAGUUCUUACUUGUGCGUGAGUGGACGAAGCCAUAGUAAGUAGUACAUGUGACAUGAAAGAAUUUUUUAUUUGAUAUUCUAACAGUCAUUGCCGUGCUUUCAGAUAUCUUUAAGGUAUAGUCAUUCAUCUAACGUUAGCGCUUUCUCCAACACUCUUUACAAGAAUAACGAGUGACUUUUUGUAAUAUUCUGUCUUUUUGUUUCUCCUUAGUGUCAGAGUGUCUCCAGUUCCCUGAUUUCAGUUGUGUAGUUCUUUAUAAGUAAGUAGUCCUGAACUAGUUUUUCGCUUGAGUGCCACAGUCAAUGGGUAUCAUUUUUUAUUUCACCUAGACUCUUUUGCCAGUUGUUCUUGUGGCUUCUCGUUGGUUAAGUGGGAUUUAAAAUCCCUUUCCUGUUAAUCCUAUGCAGUAUAUGAGUGGUCGAUAGAUCUGGGUUCAAGUCCUGGCUGGGUCACUGUGAUGUGUUCUUGCGCUCAAGAGCUCAAGACACUUUCACAACAGUGCCUCUCUCCACACAGGAGUGUAAAUGGGUAUCAGCAAACUAUCACGAUCACCUGGCGAGAUCCUGGUAGCGGAGGGGGAGGGGGGGAUGAGAUGAGCCUUUAAGCUCAUAAGUUAGUUUUGCCUCACAUUUUUAUUUACGGUUUUCCACUGUUUCGAGUGCGGUUGUACUCACAAUUCACUCAAUGACGGGAGAGGGGUAGGGAAAAGGAUGAUUAUGUCACGUACCAUGUAACAGAUACGAGGUAUCGGUUACUUAAUAAAACAAUGUGGUGUGCCUUUUGUGAGCACAGACAUGUGCCGACUCUUUUACGUCAAGAACAACCAGACGGGCGGGUAUUUCUUCUUUAAACUUUGAUUGAAACCUCUCAUGUGAGAAUUUGAAGCACGGAAAAGUAACGUAUUAAUGACGUAGAAAAAUAGGGGAGGGGGUGUCUUCGUUAUUUUUGCGAUAAAAUGGGAUAGGUUGAAGGAAAUUCAAGGUGUCAAGGUGUGGGUAAUUACGAGUGAUAACCGGAACGAUGGCGGACAAAAUCAACAUGAAUGUGCGACCAUGCGUAAGAAAGGCAAACAAACAUACAAACAAACAAACAAAAAGAAAGAGAAAAAGAAUAACAGGGUCAAAUUUCUCGAAUUCAUCUAAUUAGCUGUUCCCGUUUAUUUUAGAAAAUUCGUGAUUGGUUUUGCGUUUAUGGUCCCCGAUGUAAACUAUAACGAGGCUUACAUCUCGUUCGUACUAGUCCAUCCCGAGUGGCGCCACGGAGGGAUUGGAACCUACAUGAUUUAUCACUUGAUUCAAACGUGUAUGGGGAAGGACGUCACACUUCAUGUUUCCGUCACAAAUCCAGCUAUGCUUAUGUAUCAGAAGUUUGGGUUUAAACCCGAGGAAUUAAUACAGGAAUUUUACAGUAGAUAUUUGCCUCAGGAUAGUCCACAGUGUAGACAUGCGUUUUUUCUAAGGUUGAGGAGGUGA